AUGCCGCCGACGCUGACGCCACUGGGCUCGCGCAUCGCCGGCGCCGUGCUGGGCGCACUGCUGGACCCGGCGGUCUUUCGAGCGACGCAGCGUGCCGCUUCAAGUUUUGACGGCUUCGCCAGUGAGCAUAGUCAAUACAAUUUGAUGGGCUUGGAAUACUUGGCUUCCAGAAGCUCCUGGGAAGCCUCCUCUCCGAUGAAUCUGGAAAGCUACAUCCCAUACUGGAAGAUACGAACUCUGGCAGCGGGCGGAGGCGCUGCAGAUGCUGAUCGCCAGGUUUUGGCCCAGCUGAAUGCCUCGGAGAUGUCGUACGAAGUGGUGGGGGUUUAUUCCAAGGCCGUGAUGUUGCGUCAUGCAGCAGCCUAUGGUGUCUUCGAUGAUGAAGAAACUCUUCUUCAAGCUGUGAGCGCCAUGAUGUUCAUGUACCGAAACGACAGUUUGGAGGCUUUGAGCUCCGCCGAUUUCAUCGCCCGCGUCGCCUUUCGGCUGGUGCACAGCGAAAAAACCACGCCGCGAAGGCUGCUGGAGGAAGUCCCAAAAGCGCAGUGGCUACAGCGGAAGUUGGAGGAGGUCAAGGAGAAGGUGAAAGAGGCCAUGGACGUGAAGAGCCAACUUUUUCAGCAGGAUUCGGUCGAUGACUACGCCCUGAGAUCCAUGGGUCGUGUCUGGCAGAAGGCUGACAGCCUGCGGCGACUGGGUAGUUGGGCCUCGGAGGUUUUGCCCAACAGCCUUUACUUCAUCUUGAAAUACGAGCACGACUUGAUGGCUGCCCUAGAAGCCAAUGCAAAGGUUCAUGGAGCUGGAAGCAGGGCAGUGGUGAUCGGCCUGGUUCUUGGCGCCUUCCACGGCCACGGUGCCUUUGUUGACGUGACCGGUGCCAAGCGAGUGCUGCGGCUUCUGCGAAAGCUGCCGUUGCUGCGAGGAAAGCACGACGGGAAGCCUAGGUUGCUUCCUCCAAAGGGCUGCUUUGACAGUCUCUACACGGCAUUUUCCUGCUGCGGUCCCCAUGAACCACCGGGCAUGACCUGUUGGAUGACGGAUUUGAAGGAAAACUGUUGUCAUGGGAUUGUCAUGGCGUUGCGAAAUAUCUUGCUUCGGAGGCUCGAGCAGAUGAAAGAAGAGAAGAGAUGCGGAAAGCGUCCGGAAGACUAUUUGGGCUUGCUCUUCAUGAUGCAAUCCUACCCGAAGGAGAUCGCCACAGCCGUCCCUGGGGCGUCCGACGGAAGCGCCGCGGACCCUGGCGCCGAGGCGGCGCGGCACUGGUGCAGCCUGGCGGCGCUGCAGGAGGAUGAGAGGGAGGCGACCCUGCGGUUGUAUGAUGCCAUGGCUGAGAAGAUGGUGAUGACUGGAAGGUUGGUGAACUUGGGCGCCGGCUCCUGGCGCGAUCCGCUCUGGGAGCUGGUGGAGUUUCGCAACGUCACCAGGGCCGUGUUCGUUGAUCCCGGGGGGCCGCCGGAAGGGGUUCCUCGGAGUCCAAGGGCCGUGCGCUUCUUGAACGAAUCAGCAGAACCUCAGAAUCUGAAGGCACUACUGCGAAAAGGGCAACUGCUACCGCGACAGCCCGGAUUUUCACUUCCGGUGGAAGUGGAUUUUCUCAAGGUGGACGUGGAUGGAUGUGAUUGCGUUUUGGCUUCCAAAGUGCUGCAUUUGAUACGACCCAAAGUCAUCAUCAUGGAGAUCAACUGGAGCAUCCCUCCACCCCUGCGAUUUGUGCGACAUUGCCAUGAAGACUGGUGGAAGUCUUGGGAGACUUGGGGUUCCAUUGGUUUCGUUCUCAGCACCCAUGGCUGUUCCCUCAUGGGUGCCUCAUCGACACUGGAGCCCUUCGGCUUCGCAUUGUGGCGCCUCCAGGGCCAUGUGAACGCGGUGUUUCUGCGCCGCGAUGUGCAGGAGGCUUUGGGGCAAAGACGUGCCGAUGAAACUGCAUGUUUUAAUGAGGCUUGGAAAAAUUCCGAAUUGGUCCGAUAUGUGCAUUUCAGUUUGGCGGAUGACUGGCGCAGAGGUUCGGGGCAAGACGCGCUGAAGCAUGCUUGGGGCAAUAUUUCGUGUUACCACUCCUUGCUGGACAUCUCGCACAUUCCCUUCUCGCUGUACGGCCCUCCAGGCCUGCAGUGUUGGUCGUCACUGGCAGUUGGCCGCGGAGCUGGAGCAAGAGAUGCGAGGUGCAUCGUUGCAGCUCAACAACAAGGUUUGCGCGGCAGCCAUCAACUCAUGCACGGAUGCCAAGCUAUUCAUUUCAGUGUGGUGCCCUUUGACAGCGGGAACGAGGCCGAACUGUGGGAACGAGCCAUAAACUUCUUCCAGGACUUGAAGGAGGCAGGCGAGCGGCCGGAUGGUGUGACGUACAUCGCCCUGCUUUCCGCUUGUGCCAGCUGUAGCAGGUGGGAGAAAGCCUUGCAGUUGCACCAGCAGACGCAGAGUUUUGACUCCUUGGAGGAGCGUCUCCGGUGCACCAACAUUGCCAUCACGGCCUGCGGCCGUGGCAUCGCCUGGCCCACGGCCAUGCAACUCUUCGAGAUCCAAAGGCCGAGUGUGGUGACGCACAACGCGCUGCUGUCAGCUUUAGCCGAAGGGUCCCAGUGGCAGUUGUCCGUGCAGGUGUUUAAAAGCCUGCUGCAGAAGAAGAUUACACCCACGGUGCGCAGCGCAGAGUCUUCCACCCAGGGAAAGAAGGGAAAUGCUGAUAUCCAGGGCUUUGAUGGCUACGUGGCUCCCACUUUUAGCCGGAAGAUCUUUGCCGGGAGUCCGGCCCCCAAUUUUCCCAGACUUGGAUGA